CUAUUAAAGUCGCCCCUUCCAACAUGGCCCCACCCUUGACGUGUCCCCUUCCAAGAUGUCUGAACCAAUGGGCUGUCUAAGCGCAACGUCACCAAACAGGAAGAGAAUUGUCAACUUUGUGCUUCGCUGAAAAAGGUUCAGCGAGGGAGUAAGAGAAGACACACACACACACACACACUUUCACUCUCUAGCUGUCUGUCUAUCUCUCUAUAUCAUCCGGCUAAGGAAAAACCCUCUCUCUCUCUCUCACACACACACACACACACACACACACACACACACACACACACACUCAUAAGGACAUCAUGGCGAUGCUGGGCAGCUUUGGUGGAAGUCAGCGAGCUGCUAAAAGCCUCGGUGGUGGUGGAGACAGGGACCUGACUGAGUUUGUCUGUCCGGUGUGUCUCGAAAUAUUUGACUCACCGAUGACCACAGCGUGUGGACACACAUUCUGCAACAGUUGCCUUCAGGAGUGUUUGCGACCCAAGAAGCCGGUGUGUGCUGUGUGCAGAGCCGCUUUGGACAAAUGGGGAAAAGCCAUCGAUCUGGAGGCUUUAAUCCACAUUACAGCCAAACCGUGCAAGGGCUGUGGGCAAGAGGUUGUGUUGUCGGAGAUGAGAGCGCACAUGGGAAGCUGCUCUAAAUAUCAGGACUACAUCCAGGAAGGGCUGAAGAACAUCACACACACUCAGCCUGAUGUAGUCAGCUCUGUGCCUAACCGCUACACCUUCACCUGCCCCUACUGCAACUGCCCCAACUUCGACCAGGACGGCCUGGUGGAGCACUGCAACUCCCAGCAUGCCCGUGACCCACGCCAAGUGGUGUGUCCUAUCUGCGCCUCCAUGCCGUGGGGAGAUCCGUCCUACAAGAGCUCAGACUUCUUUCAGCAUCUCCGGAUAAGACACACUUUCUCCUACGACACGUUUGUGGAUUACACCGCAGACGAGGACGCGAUGGUGCAGGAGGCCAUCCAGCGCUCGCUCAUGGAUAACUGAGGGUUCUCUGGAGAACCGGGGAACAGGAGAACAGGAGAACCGGAGAACAGGAGAACGGGAGAACAUGUCAAAUCUGUGGUUUACAACACAACUCGAAUAAUCACUGAGCUCCAGGGUUUAUCCACCACAUUAUUUGAGAAGCGCUUUUUUUUGGUUUUAAUCUGUUUAACCAAAGCCGUGUGUGUGUGUGUGUGUGUGUGUGUGUGUGUGUGAGUGUGUGUGUGUGUGUGUGUGUGUUUUAUAAUAGCUAUCAAAUAAUUGACGUGUGUAGAGUUUGAGAUUAAAAUAAUAUUCAGCCAUAAUUUUCUGUCCGUUUUAUAUCUUGGACUGCAUGAUUCUGUAAGCACUGUGUGUGUGUGUGUGUGUGUGUGUGUGUGUGUGUGUGUGUGAGAGAGAGAGAU